AUGAACUUCCUCGACGUUCCCUUGGCCUGCCAAUACAAGGUUCUCAACUUCCUCGACUCGAAAAGCUUUUUGAAGCUCUCCUCGACGAGCACCUACUGCCGGACCUUGGCCAAGAAUUGCCCUCGGAAAUUCUUUAACGCUCGAUUCGAAGAGUACUCUGGCAACAAAUGCGGUUUUAUGGUUCAAGAGGAGAGCGGCUGGCGCUCCUACGAUGUUCCCUGGGCAAAUUUGGAGUUUUUGCUGCGCGACGCGGUGCUCUUGUCUGUAAGUAUUUCUGAAGGGAAGCUCCCUGACAUCAACCUUCGAGCUCAAUACCUCACCAUGGUCGGUAGCGAGACCAGGCCUGCAAAGUUAAUGGAGAUUUUCAAGCGCUACAAGGAAGCCAAUCGAAAAUAUGAGGGCGUGAUGCUUUGGGGCUUACCUGCCGAGGAGAAUCUUAUGGCUUGGUUGAACGAAAACGCAAAUCGCGUCACAGCAGGCCUCCUAAGCCUUCCACAUUCAAAGUAUACCGUACUGAAGAUGCCAAAGCUCUACCUACAGCUCCAACAUGAUGCCGAAAUCCAGACGUAUCUGGGGAUUGUUAUCGACGAAUGGACAAGAAACGAGCGGGAGAUAGAGGAUGUUUAUAUUGGGAAUAUCCCUAUCCGGCCGGAUCUUAAGUUUUUUGAGAAGCACACCAAUUUUAUUUCCGGAGGUGGCAAAGGUGAAGUACGAUUCGGGAGCGUCGAUGGAAAAGUGCUGCGACUGAAGCUCGAAACUGAUGAACGCGGCUCGUUUAUAACGAUGGAUAUGUUCGGAGGAGCU